CGGACGGGCCGAGGUGUGGGGGGGGGUCCCUGUGCCCACCUGGGUGUGGGUGACAGGUGCUGGGCAUGGUUGGAGGCAGGUGGGAGGGCCCCUCUGACUCCUGGUGUCGUUGCAGAGCCCCAGAGCAUGCCACUGCUCGCCCGCUCCCCCAGCACCAACCGCAAGUAUCCCCCCCUGCCCGUGGACAAGCUGGAGGAGGAGAUCAACCGCCGCAUGGCCGACGACAACAAGCUCUUUCGGGAGGAGUUCAACGCUCUCCCAGCGUGUCCCAUACAGGCCACAUGUGAAGCUGCUUCCAAGGAGGAGAACAAGGAGAAGAACAGAUACGUGAACAUUCUGCCCUGUAGGUAUCGGAGCUGGUCAGGUAUGGUACAGACAGAUAUGCAGUAUGUGUUCAUAUACCAAGCACUUCUGGAGCACUAUCUCUACGGUGACACGGAGCUGGAGGUGACCUCCUUGGAGAUCCACCUCCAGAAGAUCUACAACAAAGUGCCAGGGACCAGCAGCAACGGGCUGGAAGAGGAGUUCAAGAAGCUCACCUCAAUCAAAAUCCAGAACGACAAGAUGAGAACGGGCAACCUGCCAGCGAACAUGAAGAAGAACAGGGUGCUUCAGAUAAUUCCAUAUGAGUUCAACCGAGUAAUCAUUCCAGUGAAGAGAGGUGAAGAGAACACGGAUUACGUAAACGCUUCCUUCAUUGAUGGUUAUCGCCAGAAGGAUUCCUACAUCGCCAGCCAAGGGCCGCUGCAGCACACGAUAGAGGACUUCUGGAGGAUGAUCUGGGAGUGGAAAUCCUGCUCCAUAGUGAUGCUGACGGAGCUGGAGGAGAGAGGCCAGGAGAAGUGUGCCCAGUACUGGCCGUCCGACGGCUCCGUGUCCUACGGAGACAUCACUGUGGAGCUGAAAAAAGAGGAGGAGUGCGAGAGCUACACGGUGCGGGACCUGCUGGUGACAAACACCAGGGAAAACAAGAGCCGGCAGAUCCGGCAGUUCCAUUUCCACGGCUGGCCAGAAGUCGGGAUCCCCGGGGACGGGAAGGGGAUGAUCAACAUCAUCGCGGCAGUGCAGAAGCAGCAGCAGCAGUCUGGCAACCACCCCAUCACUGUGCACUGCAGUGCUGGAGCAGGAAGAACAGGCACCUUCUGUGCGCUGAGCACCGUCCUGGAGAGGGUGAAGGCAGAGGCGAUCCUGGACGUCUUUCAGACAGUGAAGAGUUUAAGACUACAGAGGCCACACAUGGUGCAGACACUGGAACAGUACGAAUUCUGCUACAAGGUGGUGCAGGAAUACAUCGACGCCUUCUCAGACUACGCCAACUUCAAGUGAAGACAAAAAAAAAAAAAAC